AUGGCGAUGUUAGGGGCACAGCAAGUUCCAACAGCAGCUUGUACUCCAGAUAUUGUUGGAAAUGCAUUUGUGCAUCAGUAUUAUCACAUAAUGCAUCAAUCUCCUGAGCACGUUCACAGAUUUUACCAAGAGAUUAGCAAGUUAGGCCGGCCUGAAGAGAAUGGUGUAAUGAGCAUCACUUCUACCUUGCAAGCUAUUGACAAAAAGAUACUGGCACUUAGUUAUGGUGUAAUCGGUGCGGAGAUAGCAACUGUGGACACACAAGAAUCUUAUGGCGGCGGGGUUCUCGUACUGGUGACUGGGUAUUUGACGGGAAGAGACAGUGUCAGGAGGACGUUUACUCAGACAUUCUUGCUUGCUCCUCAGGAGACAGGAUACUUUGUCUUGAAUGAUAUGCUCAGAUACAUUGGUGAAGCCACAAUCGCACAUGGAAAUCAGAUUCCGGUGAAUAACAUCCUGGUUCCUGUCAACGCUUACCAGGAUCCAACUGCUGCUCAAGACAUUCCAGAUGACCAUGUUCAGGAGAAAUAUGUUCAAGAGAAUCAUGCUGUUGAGCAGUCCGAUAUGCUGUCCAGGAGCGUUAAUGUGGCUGAAGUGUUCACUCCUUCUGAAGAUGAACAAGUAUCAGUCAUAGAAGCUCCGGCGACUGAAAUAGUUCAUGAAGCUCCAAUUGAUGUGCAUAAGGUUGAAGAAUCUGAUUCUAGGACUGGAGACGUUCCAAAGAGAUCUUAUGCAUCCAUUGUGAAGGUUAUGAAAGAGAAUGCUGUACCAAUUUCUGCUUCAAGAACCCCAACAAAGGUGGAGCCAAAGAGACAAGAAGACCAAGCCAUUCAUGUCCCUCUACCAACACCGUUGUCUGAGAAAUCAGAUUCAGGAGCAAAUGAAGCUGCAAACGGGAACGAUCAAGAUAAUGAACGAGCUCUAGGUCCAUCCAUCUAUCUAAAGGGUUUGCCCCUUGAUGCAACACCAGCCUUGCUUGAGAAUGAGUUCCAGAGGUUUGGACUUAUUAGGACCAAUGGAAUUCAAGUAAGAAGCCAGAAGGGAUUCUGUUUUGGUUUUGUUGAGUUUGAAUCCGCAAGUUCCAUGCAAAGCGCAAUCGAGGCAUCACCUAUAAUACUCAAUGGGCAGAAAGUAGUUGUGGAGGAAAAGCGAUCUACCUCAAGAGGGAACUAUAGAGGACGUUCGACAUUUGGUGUAGGCAAUGGCUAUAGAAAUGAAGGGGGAAGAGGUCGUGGGAGCUUUGGAGGUGGAAGAGGAGGCUACGGUCGGACAGACUUCAACGGAUAUGGUAAUAACAGGGGAAACAAUAGAGGAGGAUAUGCAAACCGAGCAAAUGGUGACGGUGGUGGUUUCAGACGUGUAAGGCGUGGUGGCGGAAUUGAUGCUAACGGAGCUACUAAACCCGUGGAUGCUCCCCGCGUGUCGAUCACUGCGUAA